AUGAAAGCCCUCUAUUGGAAUAUUAGAGGGAUAAAGAAGGCUGCCGCAAGGUUAGCUUUGAGGAAUAUUUUAAGGGACAAAAGACCUGAUUUCCUUUGCAUUGCCGAACCUAUGAUUCCCUCUGACGCCUUUCCUACGUUGUUCUUCAACAAGCUGGGUUUCGACCCUGAUUUCAUCCAUAACGAGCGUCUUGGCGGAGUCUCAAAUCUAUGGCUGAUUUGGCGAAGAGGUGUAGCAAAGCCUGUUGUGCUAUCGUCUUCUGAGCAGCAAAUCUCUGUCUCUGUGCAAUGGGCUCAGGAAAUUUUCAUCUUAUCUGUAGUGCAUGCCAAAUGCCUAAGAGCUGCUAGAAGAGAAUUGUGGACCGACUUGGUGGCAACCCAUCCUGGGCUGACUACUCCUUGGAUGAUUUUUGGAGAUUUCAAUGCCACCCUUCUAUCUUCUGAAAAAAGGGGGCCUGGAAUUUUCAACCUGGGAUCAGCGGGAGAUUUUGGCGCAAUGGUGGAUACUUGUUCUCUAAUUCAAGUUCCUUCGCAGGGAAGGAAAUUCACAUGGACUAAUAACAGGAGAAGGGGACAUGUCUCUGCAGUGCUCGAUCGAAGCUUUUGCAAUGAGGCCUGGAUUUCUUAUUUUCAAGAAUGUCACCAAUUUGUCUUGCAGAGAGUGGCGUCUGACCAUACUCCCAUUUUGGUGGUGUCUGAAGGCUCUGAAAGACCAAAAAACUGUCCUUUUCGCUUCCAGAGGUUCUGGGCAGACCAUGAGGGUUAUCUAAAUGCAGUUAAGUCCUCCUGGGUGAAUGACAUUCCUGGAUCGCCAAUGAUGGUUAUGGCUCAAAAAUUAAAAAGAUUGAAGCUCUUCCUGCGCUCCUGGGCAAAAGAAAAUUUUCCAAAUUUUAAUUUGGAGAUGAUGGAAGCAAAAAAAUGCAUGGAGGAGAUCCAGACUGAAAUUGACAGAGAUGCGAUAAAUGACUCAAUUUAUGCCAAAGAAGCUGAUGCAAAGACCAGAUAUCUGAAGGCCCUGCAAAAUUAUGAGAAAUUAUGGGCUGAAAAAUCUCGUUCUAGAUGGAGGAAUCAAGGAGACAGAUGCUCAAAAUUUUUUCACAUCUCAGUGAAGAUUCGGCGAAUGAAGAACUCCAUUAAAUCUCUGAAGAUGGUUGAUGGGACCCUGAUCUCUGAUAGAGAACAGAUCAAGGAAUAUGUUGCGGGCUAUUAUGAGCAUUUUCACAAAGGUACUCCCCUUACCAAUCACAUGGAUUUAUUGCAAUGCAUUCCUAAUGUAUUGGAAGAAUGGGAUAGAGGUCGACUAGAUGGUAUUCCCUCUGACUCUGAGAUUAAGAAUGCGGUGUGGGAUCUUGAUCCAGAUAGUGCUCCUGGUCCAGAUGGAUUUCCUGGAGCUUUUUAUAAAUCAUGUUGGGACAUCAUAUCUUCAGAUUUGUGCAAUGCUAUCAGAUGGUUUUUCAGAACUGGGUUCAUGCCUUACGGCAUUAAUAAUAAUUUCCUGGUUCUGAGGAGAUUUGGAUUUUCUGAAAAAUGGAUCUCUUGGAUCCAUCAGAUCCUUGUUUCUGCCAGAAUCUCAGUUCUGUUUAAUGGUGGCCCUGUUGGAUUCUUUGGUGUGGAGAAGGGUCUGAGACAAGGAGAUCCAAUCUCGCCUAUGCUGUUUAUCAUUGCUGAAGAGGUUCUUUGUAGAGGCUUAUCUGAGCUCCUAGCCAAUAACAGCAUUAAAGCUCUAUCGGGUCCGCGUGGGGCGAUUAUCCCUACACAUAUUCUUUUUGCUGAUGAUGUUUUUAUCUUUUCAAAUGCUUCCAUCAGGAAGCAAGCCAUUGCAGAAGAGCUUGGUAUCUCCAUUUGUAACUUCCCCACCCGCUAUUUGGGGGUCGAGAUCUUUAAGGGAAGGCUGAAAAAGGAGUCGCUUAUCCCCAUUCUGGAUAAAGUCAAAGGGCGUCUAGCAGGAUGGAAAGGGAAGAUUUUGUCCAUGGCUGGACGAGUGGAAUUGGUCCGCUCAGUGAUCUUGGGAAUGAUGAACCAUAGUUCAGCUUCAGAUGGGAUCUUUGUUGCAGGCCUAAGGAUGAAGGUGGUUUGGGACUGA